AUGGUACAUGGAGUUGAGAUAUCCUAUUCUUUGGCAUGGGAUGCACGCGAAUAUGCAAUCAACGCAAUGAAAGGUAUUCCAGAGAAAGGUUAUGAAAAAAAUAUCAAAUACUUGCACAUGAUGAAGGAAGCUAAUCCAGGGUCACACAUGUUUUAUGAAAGGGAUACAAAAGGCAGAUUCAGAUUCCUCUUCAUCUCGUUUGGUCAGAGUAUUCGCAGUUUCUAUGCUGCAAUUCGAAAAGUUAUUGUGGUGGAUGGGACGUUUUUGAAGAGCAAAUACAAAGGAGUAUUACUAGUUGCUACUGCAUUAGAUGGAAACUCGAGUUUAUAUCCUAUUGCCUUUGAAGUUGUCGACUCAGAGAAUGACCUCGCAUGGAACUGCUUUAUGAGACAACUUAAUGUGGUCAUUGCUGACGAUCAUAGUUUAGCUUUUGUCGGGAAAGGUGUGGCUGGUUUGGUUGCAAAGGCUUCUAAAGCUUAUCGAGCUGCGGAUUUUCGUAAGGUGUUCACUGAUAUUUUCGCUAUUAGUCCUGAAAUUGGAAAUUAUCUCAUAGAUGCCGAUGUGAGGAAGUGGGCUAGUUGUCAGUUUCCGGGUUACAUAUAUGAUAUUAGGACUACUAACCCUUCGGAGUCAAUAAAUGCUGCUUUUCGUAUGCCUAGAGAGUUUCCAGUGAUACCUUUGUUGGACAGCAUUAGGGAAAUGAUGACUCGAUGUUUUUUCAAACGUAGAACUUUAAGUUCUAAGCAUUCGAAGCCACUGACCAUUUCUGUGAAGAAGAAGAUUGACAGAAGGAUUGAGAAGGGUAAAACGGUUAAGGUCUUUCCAGUUAGCUAUCAUAGGUUUUUAGUUCAAGGUAACACUUUCGACUGCUCGGUUGACUUGGUCAGACGCACAUGUUCUUGUGGAAAAUUUGAUCUGAUGAAAAUCCCAUGCAGGCACGCCAUAAAAGCAGGCUUCAGUGUUGGAAUAAGACCACACACACUAUCAGAUGACAUGUACACUACUGUCUCAUGA